AUGAAAGGCGUCUUUUCGGCGCCCGGUGAUUACGUUCACUUCAAAUCCCAAGUUCCUCUUCACAAAAUCCCUAUUGGAACAAAGCAGUGGCGUUAUUAUGAUUUUGGUCCAAAAGCUGUGCCUCCACUUAUAUGUCUUCCUGGAACGGCGGGAACUGCAGAUGUUUACUAUAAACAAAUUAUGUCAUUAUCCAUGAAGGGCUACCGUGUCAUAUCUGUAGAUAUACCUCGCGUAUGGCAUCACGCUGAGUGGAUUCAAGCAUUUGAGAAGUUCUUGGAUGCUAUUGAUGUACACCAUAUACAUCUUUAUGGAACAUCACUCGGUGGUUUCUUGGCACAACUCUUUGCUCAGCAUCGUCCAAGACGAGUUCGGUCAUUGGUUUUAUCAAAUUCAUUUUUGGAGACACAAAGUUUCUCUGCUGCAAUGCCAUGGGCACCAAUUGUUAGUUGGACUCCUUCAUUUUUGUUGAAGCGGUAUGUCUUAACAGGAAUUCGUGAUGGUCCCCAUGAACCAUUUAUUGCGGAUUCAGUUGACUUUGUUGUUUCUCAGGUAGAAACCCUCUCUAGAGAAGACUUGGCUUCCAGAAUGUCGCUGACAACAGAUGAUGCUUCAGUCGGACCCCUUCUUCUUUCAGAUUCAUUUAUCACUAUAAUGGAUACUAAUGACUACUGUGCAAUUCCUCUACAACUUAAAGAACAAUUGAGCGAAAGAUAUCCUGAGGCAAGGCUCGCGUCUUUGAAAACAGGUGGAGAUUUUCCUUUCCUUUCACGACCAGAUGAAGUCAACUUACAUCUUCAGUUGCACCUUAGACGAGUUGGGGUGGAGGCUCGGCCUGAUUUGGUUCACAGUAUUCCUAAAGGUGAUAUUGGAGGAAGUCCUAGCAAAGAGAAUGAUGGUGAUGACUCUGACAAGUCACCUAAGGAUGACAGGGGGGGAUCAGAAAAUCCAUCUUCCGAAAGUGAGAUCAGUCCUGCCCCAGAAAGCUCAGAAUCCCAUAAUUUAGACAACCAGCCAGUUGAAAGUUCAGAAGGUUGCGACUUGGAUAAUGAAAUCACCUUGUCUGUCUUUCCUGGUGGAUUCACGAAAGAAAAGCAUGUUGUGCCUCGAGAAACACCUGUAAAUUUCGCAUGGGAAUACUU